AACACGGAACAAAAAUUAUAGGGUUCUUCGGCGGUUUCUACCUCCUUCCGGCCAAUGGCCGCUGCGCUUAGAUGUUUCUGGUGUCUGCUGCCUCUGCUCAUCGUCGCCGGCAGGAGUUCGAUCGAUGACAAAGCGGUCUAUGUCGUGUACAUGGGAAGCAAGGGAAACGCGGCCCCGGAGGUGCUGCUCGCAUCGCAGCAAUCAACACUGAUGGAUGCGUUCGACAGUGAAGGUGAGGCGUCGAGCUCCAUAAUCUACAGUUACAAGCACGCGUUUAGUGGAUUCUCGGCCACGCUCACUCGCGAACAAGCGGCUCACAUCGCUGACAUGCCAGGCGUUGUUAGCGUGUUUAGGAGCAGAAAACUUGAGCUCCAUACCACUCAAUCGUGGCAGUUCCUCGGGCUCACAUCUGGAAACUUUAAGGGAAUGUGGGAAGAUGGUAGUACUAGCGAUGUCAUUGUUGGUGUUUUGGAUACGGGCAUCUGGCCGGAGUCCGAAAGCUUUCGGGAUCACAGCAUGGGACCUGUUCCAGAGCGCUGGAAGGGCGAGUGCGAGAAUGAUAAGCCCGGGCUUGCUGUUCGGUGUAACAGGAAAAUUGUAGGUGCUCGAUCAUACUUUCACGGAGCCUUCCAUGAAAACAAGAGCGUCGGCGACUACACAAAUGCCAGGGACGGCAUGGGGCAUGGAACUCACACGGCCUCCACAAUUGCUGGACGAGUGGUGGAUCACGCGAGCUUGUAUGGUCUUUGUGAAGGAAAAGCCAGGGGUGGCCUUCCCAAGGCCCGGAUUGCGGUUUACAAGGUGUGCUUUUUUGGAGACUGCAUGGAUCACUCUGUGCUCGCUGCAUUUGAUGAUGCUGUUCAUGAUGGAGUCGACAUGCUAUCGGUCUCCUUAGGUGGACAGACAGUUCCUUACGACGAGGACACUAUUGCAAUUGGGUCUUUCCAUGCAAUGAGGCACGGGAUUCUCGUCUCUUGCUCGGCUGGGAACUCCGGACCCUUCAAAUCCACAGUGACCAACGUAGCACCUUGGAUUUUGACUGUUGGUGCAAGUUCCACAAACCGGAGGCUUGUCUCGAGUGUUCAGCUCGGUAACAAUGAAACAUUAGAGGGAACUGGAUUGAACGUCAAGAAAAUGAAGAAAAAUAAAUAUGGUCUUGUCAACAGUGUUGAUGCUGCUCUAAAACACUCAUCGAAAGACAGUGCACGGCUCUGCCUUAAGAACUCCCUUGAUUCCUCCAAAGUCAAAGACAAGAUAGUUCUUUGCCACCAUGGUAUUCGUGCUGGUAGCAGGGUCGGAAACAGCAGUGCCGUUUUACGUAACUUGGGUGCAGCUGGUCUGAUCCAGGUUAAUGAGCUCGCUACAGAUGUUGCGUUUUCUUUCGCAUUGCCUUCGACACUCAUACAAACUGCUUCUGGUGAACGCAUACUGUCUUACAUCAAUUCCACAACGAGACCCACGGCUUCGAUUCUUCCAACUCGUACGCUCUUAGACGGCUCUCUCACUCCCGUAGUUGCUGUCUUCUCUUCGCGAGGUCCAAGUGAUAUGCUGCCGGAAAUACUGAAGCCUGACAUAAUUGCUCCAGGUCUAAACAUUCUAGCAUCAUGGUCACCAGACAAUUUUCCCAUAAAGAAUGUGGAUCCCUUAAACAACAGAGGCUCCACAGUUUUCAACAUACUCUCCGGAACCUCCAUGUCGUGCCCGCAUGCCACCGGCGCUGCUGCAUACGUCAAGUCCCUCCAUCCGGAUUGGAGCCCUUCUAUGAUAAAGUCGGCACUGAUGACAACAGCGACAAGCUCGAAGCUAAAAGAUUACAAUGGAAAGACUGCUACUCCAUUCGACUAUGGUGCUGGGGAAAUCAAUCCCAUCAAGGCCUCCGACCCGGGCCUUGUUUACGACAUCUCGACGUCAGAUUACGUCCUCUACCUCUGUUCUCUCGGAUACAACUCGAAGAAGCUGAAGAUCAUCACUGGCCUGGCCGAAGUCCACUGCAAAGAUAAGCUUCGGCCGCAGGACCUCAACUAUCCGACGAUCACCAUUGCAGACUUCGAUCCAGAGACACCACAGCGCGUCUCCAGGACCGCGACCAACGUUGGCCCCGCCGACUCGACGUACACAGCCACCGUGAACGCUCCCAGAGGCAUCAACGUUACGGUGGCUCCCCGGGAGCUCAAGUUUGGUCCCAACGCCGCAAAGCUGGAGUACACUGUCCGCUUGAGCGCCGCGGGAAAACCAGCACGGACCUUAUCCGGGAGCUUUGCGUUUGGCGACGUGGUGUGGAGCGAUGGUGUCCAUUCCGUGAGGAGCACCAUCACCGUCGGUUUCGCUGACAUGUAAAAACCACGAAUAAUUUGAAGCUGACAACAUCUCGUUUUCUUCUCAA